AUGCUGAAUAAUAAAGUAGGCUCACUUGCGCACCAUUACCAGCAACAACAUUUUGUCGGAGCUCACGCCGAUUACCACCAUCCUCACCUCUCACUUGUCAAACCAGAGCACGGUAUGGAACGCUCAGUUUCUCCUCAUAUGUCUGAGCAUUCCUCGUAUUCCACAGCCCAUAGCAUCGCAAGGUCAUAUGCCUCUCCAGGGACAAUGCAAGCAUCUAUGCACAUGCCCAAUACGAUGCCAGCUCAAAUGUCUCUACCCAACUUUCCAGAUAUGCCAGGAGCUAUGGGCGCGGUCCAUGGCAUGACCAUGCACCAGAUGCCCCAGCACAAUCAGCCUUCUCCUCAGCCGGCAAAGGCAUUCCUAUGCGCCACUUGCAGCAAAAGUUUUGCUCGUCGAAGCGAUCUUGCACGACACGAACGAAUCCAUACCGGCUUGAGACCACAUGUUUGCGAUUAUCCUGAAUGUGGCAAGCAGUUUAUUCAAAGAUCUGCCCUCACAGUUCACAAACGCGUCCAUACAGGAGAGAAGCCCCAUCAUUGCGAAAUCUGUGCCAAGCGUUUCAGCGAUAGCAGCUCUCUUGCCCGUCACAGACGCACCCACACGGGCAAUAGACCCUAUAAAUGCCCCUACGCCGAUUGUCAAAAAACUUUCACACGCCGAACCACCUUGACUCGACAUCAAAAUCACCACAGUGGAACAAUUGAGGAAGCGGCGGCGGCCACGGCAGCCGCCUUGGCAGCAUCCAAAGCACAAAAGGCAACAAGAACACGUUCCGAGGGAGACCAUUUGUCAAGUCAUGGGUCGCCCCUAACUACGCCUUCUCCAGGCCACCGCACGAUGUCCAUGUCUCCCAGCAUGGAUAUGACUACAGCGACCAACGUAAACCGACAUCCCGGUGAAUUUCAAUAUCUGCAGCAAAAUGGACUUCCACCACAUCUACGGGUAGGAAGCCCAAAUUCAGCAGCGUCCAACGGUUAUACCAGCGGAGGAAUGAGGCCCACGUCGCAUCCAACGAGUUAUGGACCGCCGCCCACUUUGGAACCGAGUGUUGAGCAGCACCAGCCCGGUAGUUCCGGAGGCAGCCCUCACAUGAGCAGCGUUGGUUGGCAGUCACCAUCGCAUGUUCCGUCGCCAUCUCAGGGAGCAGGAAGUUAUGUGUAUCCCGAACCAGACACAUAUCCUCAAAACGCAGCGAUGGGACAAAUGUAUUACAACGCGUCAGCCCAGAUGCGUCGACCUCAAAGCGCCGAACCCGGGCUAGUACAUAUGGCUUAG